AGCAGCCAUGGAGGGAGGAGUGUGUGUAGUGCUUCUCCACCUUUAUUACUCCACUCCCUCUAAAUACUCAAAAAAAUGGGGUGUUUUAAUUGUAGUAAACUAAAAGUUGAAGAGCAUUGCGUUAAAGGUUUCUAAAUUUUCAAAGGGUGUUGCUUGGUGUAAAUAUUCCUGCUGUCUUGCAUCUCCCAGGAUAACACCCACAGCAUCGCAUCUCCCAGGAUAACACCCACAGCAUCGCAUCUCCCAGGAUAACACCCACAUCAUCACAUCUCCCAGGAUAACACCCACAGCAUCACAUCUCCCAGGAUAACACCCACAGCAUCACAUCUCCCAGGAUAACACCCACAGCAUCACAUCUCCCAGGAUAACACCCACAGCAUCACAUCUCCCAGGAUAACACCCACAGCAUCACAUCACUCAAGAUGACACCCACUACUCACUAGUGGAAAAAACUAAAUAUGAAAUUGAUGAGCAGCAACAGUAGGUCACCUGGAGAGAGAGAAAUAGUGUCGAUAUAGAGCUGUUGCUUAGUGUAAAAAAAAGCAGCUGUGACAUAUAAGAAGAGCUUUGACUUGUAUAGAAAAAGAGCUCUGACAUGUAAACAAAACAGCUGUGACCUGUAAAUACAGAACAGAUGUAACGUUUAAUCAAAAAAGUGUUAAAACAUGUAAAAAAAACAGCUGUUAAACUGCAGCUGUCAUAUAUACUGCAUGAAGGCAGCUACUGUAUGCGUACGACAGGCAUCACCAGCUGUGACAGGUGUGUACAAUCAUCGGCUGUGACGUGUCAACAAUCAUCAGCUGUGACGUGUCAACAAUCAUCAGCUGUGACAGUGUGACGGUGUAGCCGUGAUGUGAGUUCAGGUUCAUUGUUAUCACCAUGGCCCGCGGGUGCACCAACAAUAUGACUGAUCACAACCCAACUCAACCAUACAGCGUGGGUUGUGAGGUACCGAGCAUCAACAUUGAGGAGAGAGGUGGUGAGGGCGACGAUGAUGAUGACGCUCAGGUGUUUCUUCAACACCUGACUAACAACUUCGGCAUCACUGCACGCUCCAGGGCCAGCAGGAAGUCUAUCACACUAAGCAAAGAACACUCACGCUCGGGGUCAGCGUUGUCGUCGGCGGUGUCGCGGCAGAAAUCAACACGGACGUUGGUGGAGGUGACGACGCGGCUGACACACGCCAACGAGGGUCAGCUCUACCGCCUCCUCUCAGCCAAGAGGAAUCACAUUCAGGACCUCAGCUCCGAUGUCAUAUUCCUACACAAUAGGAUCAAGGAACUGGAGGAGCAGAACAGACUAUUGGUGCGUAUGGGUAAGAGGCAGGAAGCAGCUCUCGCCAGGUACCAGGAUGCUAAGAGCGAACUUCCUCACAUAAUCGAGGCCCACAAGAUCGAGAUUAAUGUUCUACAGGAGAAACUCCGCAGAUCUACAGAAGUGAAUCGUCGCAACACCGAGAAAUUGAAGGUGACUGACAACCGCAUCAUCAAACUGACGGACGAGGUGACGCGUCUGAGAGAACUCUCCCGUAAGAGGAACCUGCCAGAGCGCGAAGAACUCAAUAAGAAGCUUAGUGCCGCCUCCAAGAUAUUACAAGAUAAGGAGAAGGAGCUAGAGGAGGCGCAGCAUCGCCUCAUUGUGAUAGAGAAGUCAUUGAAGCAGCAAGUACAGGCUGAGGUAGCCAGACACAGAGCUACAGCCAGGAAGCUCUACAACCUCCAGUGUCAACACAACAAACUCCACGAUACUCUUAUGGACCGUGAGAGGGAGCUUGAAGCAUUGGAGCAGUACCAGAGUAGAGGGGAGAGAGGUGACAGCAGCUCAACAACAGCUGCGUCUUCACGCUCAGGUUCACUCUCUGCACGCCACAAGUCUGGACGCAAAAGAGGAAGUGGCUCCUCUGACACCACUACAUCUGGUAUUAUCUCAGCCAUUGAUGUCAGCUCCACCAGCGACUCGCGCACUUCUCUGGCCCUAGAUGCCAGUGGUCGUCUGCCACCUAUCAGUAGUGAUGGAAGGCGACGCCAGGACGCUGCUGGAAGCUCCAUAAUACCUGGGUCAUCAGUCUCUCCUGAGGUGCUCGCCAGACCUACAAGACAACGACCCAACCCUAACACAAAAGAAAAUGGAGAGGGUCGACGCAUGGGUGCGGCAAGAAGAAACUGCAGGUCUCCCAGGUCUAGCGUAGAAGAUGGCUUCUUAAUGACCCCCCACGGCAGCCCAACACCAAGUCCAUCUACAACACCCGAACCUCAGGCACACAGGUCGCAGUUUGAGCAGGAUGGCUUGAACAGUGUUGUGAGGCACCCAGGACAUACUGAUCACAGACGUCGACAACGCUUGGCAGCGUCUCUUCGUGAUGCCAGGCUUAAUGUGAGGAAAGAAAGCGAUAAUGAAGAAAGGUCGCCUUCUGGUGCACGGGAGUUCUCUCUCAUAGAACACUAUCCACCUCGGGAGCGUGUGACACUUAAUGGUGGAUCAAGUGGUGGGUCGGAUGCUGGCAGUGGUUCACCCCCUACACCGACACAUCCCGUGGCUCCCCACGCUGACACUCGUCUUUCUCACCUCGACUCAUCCUUGCCUGACCCACCACUUACAAAGAGAGAGACUACACUAACGUCUGAUCUUCGCACAUUUUCAAGUCUCUCCAAACUGGACUCUACAAGUUCACCUAAGCCAACACGGAGUGCUAUUACACCUUGAGUAAAAGGCUAAUGGACUAGAUGCUGCUUAUUAUUUAAAAAUCUUGAUAGUGUCUCUUAAUUAUUUCUGUUCUCAACUUUUGUGUCUGCAGUUAUUUUUCCAAGUGUUAUAAUUUAAAGUGACUUCUAUGAUGCUAAUGUCAACACACGAGUGAUGCCUUUAUAUAAUGAUGUCACUAUGCUACACGUUAUUAUUUUUAUACACUUUAAAGUCAUUAUAUAAUCGUCCAGGUGAUAAGUGUAGAUUGCUUUAUUAGAUAAUAUUACCUUCACUUGCCUCUGAUCAGGUAGAUUAUUUUUUUUAAUUUUGCAUUUCUCCUUCCUUGAUGCCAUUAAGGGACUCUUGAUCCAGGUCCAAGGAACUUAACCUUCACUCUUUCCUUGGAUUGAACCCGAAUGCCUACCCUUCUUCGAAGCGUUUUAUGACACCUGCGGGUUUAGGGCUUCCCAUAAAUGUAAUAAUCAUAAUCUACAUUAAAGCAUUCACCAAACCUCAUCUUAAAAAUUUAAAAACUAAAAUAUAAUUUGGUACAUAAAUCUAUACAUCAUUCACAGCGUCGUGCAGGGACAUUUACUAUCUUCAGCUAGCAUUUUUACUGCUGAACUGUAUGCCAUUCUUGCAGCACUUAUUCGUAUCGCAUCUAUGCCUGUGUCAUCAUUUGUAGUCUCAGACUCCCUUAGUGCUCUACAGGCUAUAUGAAAAUUUGAUACAUCUCAUCCCCUAGUUCUCUGUAUCCAACUUUGGCUACGCCGUAUCUCUACCAAACAUAAAGAUAUUGUUUUUUGUUGGGUCCCUGGUCAUGUCGACGUACAGGGCAAUGAACAGGCAGACACUGCUGCGCGGUCAGCAGUACAUGACCUACCAAUUUCUUAUCGAGGUGUUCCAUUUCUGGACUAUUUUGCUGCAAUAGCUACCCACCUUCGCACCCGUUGGCAACAACGUUGGUCAACUCUGCUCGGUAACAAACUUCAUUCUAUUAAACCGAGCAUAGGUUACUGGCCGUCUUCUUGUCAUCAGUGCCGAGGUUGGGAGACCACUCUCUCCCGCCUUCGCAUUGGUCACACUCGUCUUACUCAUGGGUAUCUCAUGGAGAGGCACCCUGUUCCUCUCUGUGAGCAGUGUCAAGUUCCAGUAUCGAUUAGCCACAUUCUGUUAGACUGCCCUCUCUAUCAACGAGUACGCAGAAUUUACCUCCAACGUCUCUUUACCUUCCCUUCUUGCUGAUGGACCCUCCUUUAAUCCUGACUCUCUCAUUGACUUCUUGACAACGACUGAUUUACUCCACAAACUCUGAUACUUUUCGCACUCCCCUCAGCCCUUUCUAGUUCAGUCUCUUGCUGCCCUUUACCCUUUCACCAUCCACUGCCCUGCUGUUAUCCGUAACCUAUUACUCAUCCAUCUCCCUUUUGCCACCUGAUGCCCUCGCUUUCUUCCUGCCCUGCAGCGCUGUAUAGUCCUUGUGGCUUAGCGCUUCUUUUUGAUUAUAAUAAUAAUCAAAAUAAUAUAAUCAGAUUAAGCGCUAAAAUAUUAUUCACAAGUAAGCACUUAUCUUCAGUGGGUCAAUAUGCAAUGCACAUGCAUUAAUUUUUUUUCUAAAUGAUUACAUUGUUUUCUUAAAGCCCUUUGCCUCUAUUUUUUAAUAUGCGAUAUUUGGAGUUCUAUAGUGAAUUAGGGCAACUAAUUUUAUAGAACUCGGGUUUUCAUUUUCUGGGGUUCUAUUUAGAAUUAGGGAACUAAUUUAAUAGAACCACAAUGUUUAUCAAUGUAAUUAUUUUUACAUUAAUUGGGGGAGGGAAACCCAUAGAGGUAUUAUAUAACACAGCAUUCAUAUUCGAUCUAGGGAAGGGAAGCACAGGUUCAAUUUAUGUAUCAAGAUCUCCCCUACUAACAUCAAGGAAGCUGCCUUGAGGGUUGAAACUGAAACUGGUUCAAAGAUGGACUCCUACUUUUGCAACUAAGCUAAAAAAAACUGGAAUUUGUACUUUAACCUAUUAAUAAUAAUAAAUUAUUGUUAUAUUCUUGGUUAUGUGCUGUUCAUUUUGGUCAUAUAGUGCCUAAGAAUGACAAAUAAUCAGGCUUGAGCCAAGAAAAUAGCUCCAGUUCAUUGAAUGACGAGCCUAACACCAGCAUCAAAGCUCUUCCCUAAAUUUGAAACAAUAUCUGGAGAUUUUUAAUUUAAUUUAAUAGUUAUAUGUUGAAAAAUGCAUUUCUAGGAUCUCGAUAUUAGACUAUUUGUUUCACAAAUUAAACUUUAAAAUAAUU